CUGAGUGAGGCAGCUCCGGAGCAUCAGAGCGGGACUGAGUGAGGGACUGAACCGCUGCAGGAGCGCGAGACGCCGGAAAGGAACGGGUCGCUGUAUCGGAUAACUCCACAUCUCUCUCACCCUUUACCGUUACUCUUCACCCAGCCAGGACAUGAACUGUGUAUUCUAACCCGGGUUAAACGUCGCUCUCUCCCGCCCAAGAUGACGGUGGACUUUGAAGAAUGUAUUAAAGAUUCACCCCGCUUUAGGGCAAAUAUUGAUGAGGUGGAGACAGAGGUGGUGGAGAUCGAGGCGAAACUGGAUAAGCUGGUGAAGCUAUGCAGUGGAAUGAUUGAAGCGGGGAAGGCGUACGUUAGCGCCAACAAGCUCUUCGUCAACGGCGUCCGGGAUUUGUCCCAGCAGUGCAAGAAGGAUGAGACCAUCUCGGAGUGCCUGGAGAAGUGCGGUGAAAGCCUCCAGGAAAUCAUCAACUACCACAUGAUCCUGUUUGAUCAAGCUCAGCGGUCCGUAAAGCAACAGUUGCACAACUUUGUGAAAGACGACGUUCGCAAGUUCAAGGAGACCAAGAAGCACUUUGACAGGGUGCGGGAGGAUUUGGAAAUAGCGCAGGUGAAGAACGCUCAGGCGCCGAGGAACAAGCCUCACGAGGUGGAAGAAGCCGCCGGGACGUUAAGCCUCGCUCGCAAGUGCUUCCGACACCUCGCUCUGGACUACGUGUUGCAGAUCAACGUCCUCCAGGCGAAGAAGAAAUUUGAGAUCCUAGAUGCUAUGCUGUCCUUCAUGCACGCCCAGUACUCGCUGUUCCAGCAGGGCUACAACCUGCUGGAUGAGAUCAACCCCUACAUGAAGAAACUGGCUGCUGAGGUGAGCAGAGAGAUCUUGAGCACAGCUCAUAGCAUAUUUAUUUGGAGAAAAAAACAUGCAACCAUCCAGCAGAGGACCCUCAUGCAGGACUUUUCAUAUGACGACUCCAAGGUGGAGUUCAACGUGGAUGCUCCUAAUGGUGUGGUGAUGGAGGGCUACUUGUUCAAGAGGGCCAGCAAUGCCUUUAAGACCUGGAACAGACGUUGGUUCUCCAUUCAGAACAGUCAGCUGGUCUAUCAGAAGAAGCUCAAGGAUUCUCUGACGGUGGUGGUGGAGGACCUCCGGCUGUGCUCUGUUAAACCGUGUGAGGACAUCGAGAGGAGGUUCUGCUUCGAGGUCGUCUCCCCCUCCAAGAGCUGCAUGCUUCAGGCGGAGUCUGAGAAGCUAAGACAGGCGUGGAUUCAGGCAGUUCAAGCUAGCAUUGCCUCGGCCUACCGAGAGAGCCCAGACACCUACUACAUAGAGCAUUUGGACAGAACCGCCUCACCGUCCACUAGCAGCAUCGAUUCGGCCAGCGAGCCGCGGGAGCGCAGCGGGCGCGGGGGGGAGAGCAUCCUGCAGCGGAUCCAGUGCCUCCCGGGGAACCAGCAGUGCUGUGACUGCGGCCAGGCCGACCCGCGCUGGGCCUCCAUCAACCUGGGCAUCCUGCUGUGUAUCGAGUGCUCCGGCAUCCACAGGAGUCUCGGAGUUCACUGUUCGAAGGUUCGCUCACUCACGCUAGACUCAUGGGAACCAGAAUUAUUAAAGUUAAUGUGUGAGCUUGGAAACAGUGUCCUCAACCACAUCUAUGAAGGCUCAUACCAAGAACAAGGUCUGAAGAAACCAUUACCGUCCAGUUCAAGGUAGGAAAAGGAGGCUUGGAUUAAAGCGAAGUACGUGGAGAAGAGAUUCCUGAAGAAGCUGGGCUCCACAGAGAUACUCAUCAAUGGAGAGAGGAAGUCGGAGCGGCGGUGGAGCGUGAAGAAGUGUCGGAGGCACAACAGCGCCACCACGGUACCCAAAACACGGCGAAGAUACCGCCAGGAGCCUGGCAGCACGUCGCCGUCCACCCUCUCCUCAGAAUGUGUCCAUGUUGUGGCGUCUCCCGGUCCGGCAGGCCUGAGCAGUGACAGCGGCUUGGGGGGCAGCACAGACGGCAGCACAGACAUCCUGGUCUUCGGCUCCGUGGUGGACAGCGUCACCGAGGUCUUGCAAACUGGUGUUGUUGCUUUACUUUAGGGUUCACUGAUCGCCUGCGAGUUCCUGCUCCAGAACGCUGCUGACGUCAACCAAAGGGACGCGAGAGGGAGGGGCCCCCUACACCAUGCCACAUAUCUGGGACACACGGGGCAGGUGUGUUUAUUCCUAAAACGGGGAGCGACGCAGAACGACGGCGACGAGGACGGCCAGGACCCUUUGAGUAUCGCUGUACAGCAAGCCAACGCAGAUAUAGUCACACUGCUGCGUCUGGCCAGGAUGAACGAGGAGAUGCGGGAGUCGGAGGGACCCUUCGGACAGCCAGGAGACGCCACAUACCUAGACAUCUUCCGAGAGUUCUCCCACAUGGCGUCCCACAACCCGGAGAAGCUGAAACGAAGGAGUGUGCACUUCCGACACUCCUUCAGGUAGUCCGCCGACGAGCGUCCGCAGCCGCAAAAACAUGUACUUGAAAAGUGCAACAGCCCCUUUCCAUAUACUUAACUGGGGUGGGUUGUAUCAUAACAAGUAUACCUGAUUAGAAAACGAUCAUGUUUUCUUAUAAUAAGUUACCCAGUCUGUUUUAUUCCACAGAUGAAUCUACCUUUCAUGCAGUUUUUCAUUGUCAUUACAUUUUUACAGUCCCUGCAUUAUAUCUGCAAUAUUCCAAUGCCGUUCAUAGAUCAACCUUUUAUUUUGAAAUGAGGAUUUGCUGGUCUUUUCCUCUUGAUUGCUUUUUUACAAUAUAAAUAAAUGUAUUAUUGCUUUUGUACAUUGUCAGAUGAAACUUUUUUGGAUAAAAUGCCAAGCACUUGUUUUGUUUUCGUUUUGUAGUUUGCCGCGCAAGUUUCACUAUUUCGAAUAUCGAAGGAAUACUUUACAUAAACACAUUUUUUUCUUGUGUGUGUAAUGCAUGCGUUUGCUCCAGUUAUAUUUCUAAACUUGAAUUCAGCUGUUGCAUGGAUAAAGAGUGUCAUGUCGUCAGUUUUCACCGUCAACCAUCUUGAAGUCGCAAUAUUAUUUCUCUUGAUGAGUUUAUUUUGUCAUAAAAAUGUGUUUUUUCUUGCAUCGACUAUGCUGGUGUAGUCCUGGGAAUUUUUGGUUUUAAUGUACUUUGCAGUACCACUACGAAAUGCAGUGCUUAUGUUACUGUAUACAUGCUGUAGAAGUAAAAAUGCUAAUAUAUCUGAAUGAACAGGGAUGCAGAUGAAAGAUGGAAGAAAAAUAAUAAAUGGUCUGUGUUUACACACAUGCA